AUGUCGAAUUCUUCGAAUCCAACACCUCCGGCGAGAGGCGGUGGGCUCUCAUUAUACGCCAAUUUACUCGAUCCUGACAGUGUCACCUCAUCUGCGACCGUAUCCAAAAGACCUGUUGUCUUCAAGCCUGCGGAAUCAGCAGAUGAAGCUUCAGCUAAGAAACCCUCCAUAGAUCCUUCUGCCCUGCGAUUCCAACCUACCAAAAGACCCCAAUUGUCGCAAAAGCCAAAACCAAAGACCAACUUCCCAAAAGCCGCUCCUUUGGACAGCACAACUCUGCGAACGACUUCCCCGCAGACCGCAGCCGCUUCGAGCGUAGCAAGGCCACCCGCCAAGACUACAUUGGCAGAUUGGACAGGGGUUGAGGAUGAUGAUGUGAAUGGUUUCUAUGGCGGAGAGAAGAGACAGCGAGGUGGGAGGAAACGAAAGAGGAAGCCCAAGGAAGAGCAAGUUGCCGUACAAGACUGGGAUGAUAUCUAUGACCCAACACGACCAAACAACUAUGAGGAAUACAAGCAUAGUGACGAGAAAAUCCGGGAGGUCAGGGAAUGGAAGGAUAGACUUUAUGCACACAGGAUGGCUCGAAAGUCGGCGAGUGAUAAAGAUAGCGAUGAGGAAGACUACCGGCCAAUGAUGGGCAACUCACCUCCUCGAAAGCCUGCAGAAGACAAUAAUUCAGAUAGCUACAGCCCAGCGCUCCCAUCAGAACACGUCCCUCCUCCACCGCCUCUACCUGAAAAUCCCCCACCGCCAUCAACACCUCCAGAGCCAUUACCUGCAGGAGCAAUAUCUCGAGCACCAGUCCGAUACAACCUCCCACCACCUCCUAGCGAGAUACCAAGUUCAGAAGCAGAGUUGGAAAAAGCUCUGAACGCAGAAGAGGAGGAUGGAGAAGAAGAAUCAUCAAAUACUGAAGAAGCCCCGAGAUCACUUCGGCCAGGCCAACGAGGAUUUGCAGAACGGCUUAUGUCCAAGUAUGGAUGGAGCAAAGGAAAGGGGUUGGGAGCCGAUGGCUCUGGAAUCGUCAAUCCACUUCGGGUGCAAAUUGAGAAGCGCAAGAAGAAGUCAGAUGCUGAAGGCGGUGGAUUCCGAGAUCCAGGUGGACGAGGGAAGAUCAUUGGAGGCAAGAAGAAUGCUCCUGAGAGGGAGACAGAUGCUGGCAAGUUUGGGCCGAUGUCUGAGGUUAUCGUGCUUAGGGGCAUGGUGGAUAAUAUGGAUCUUGAUUCCGAGCUAGAGGGUGAUGGAGAUGGAGGGCUGAUGCAGGAGAUUGGUGACGAAUGUGGUGAAAAGUAUGGACGAGUGGAACGUGUCUACAUUGAUCGUCACGGAGCUGCGCCGAAAGUCUUCGUGAAGUUUACAAGCCAGCUGUCUGCUCUGAGGGCAGUCAACGCUCUCGAAGGGCGUAUUUUCAAUGGCAACACCAUCUCUGCUUUGUUCUACGACACGGAAAGAUUUGAAGGGGGCAUCUAUGAAUAG